AUGAAAUCCCCUACAAACUCACCUACCUCAAGAUCACCAACUCAUUCCCCUUCUCCGUCUCUAUCUCCACUAGCUAAACCUCCUACACACAUGCCCUCUUCAAAACCACCAACUCUUUCUCCUUCUCCAACUCCAUCUCCAGCACCUUCCUCAAGACCACAAACUCAUUAUCUUUCUUCACCUCAAUCUCCAGUUGCUAAAAUCACUACACAUGUUCCUUAUUCAAAUCCACCAACUCAUUAUCCUUCUCCAUCGCCGCUAGUUGAAACCCCAUCUUCAGUGGCCAAAACUCUAGCACACACACCUUCCUUAAUACUAUCAACUUAUUCUCCAUCUCGUGCUCCUCCCAAUGAAGCUCCUACACCGACUUCAACUCAUUUAAGCACUCUGUCUAGCUCCUAA